AGCAUUUCUGUCCUUCCACAGUGUGUAGACGUGUAGAUGUGUAGAUGUGUAGAUGUGUAGAUGUGUAGACGUGUAGAUGUGUAGAUGUGUAGAUGUGUAGAUGGGAUCUCUGACCAUGUUUCUCACGCGAACAAAACUCUGGGAUCUAUAAGAGUCGUCAGGAACCAGGUCCACGCCACAGACGGAUCCAGCAGACGCACGGAAUGGCUCAGAAGACAGCUCUGAUCGUGUUCGCCCACCAGAGCUCGGGCUCGUUCAACGCCGCGGUCCGAGACGUGGCCGUUCAGGAGCUGACGGAACAGGGAUACACGGUCAUCGUGUCCGACCUGUACGCCAUGAACUUCAGAGCCAACGCCACGCGGGAUGACGUCAGCGGUGAUCUGAAGAACUGCUCACUUUUCCAGUACGGAGAGGAGACCAUGCACGCCUGGAUGGAAGGUCGCCUCAGUGACGACAUUGUUGCCGAGCAACGCAAAGUAGAAGAGGCGGAGCUCAUCAUCUUCCAGUUUCCUCUGUAUUGGUUCAGUGUGCCUGCCAUCAUGAAGGGCUGGAUGGACCGAGUUCUCACACAAGGCUUCGCCUUCUCCCUGGAAAAGAUGUACAAUAAUGGUAUUUUCAAGGAUAAGAAAGCCAUGUUGUCCUUCACGACUGGAGCAACACAGACGAUGUUCCGCCCUGACGGCAUCAACGGAGACAUCAACAUCACACUGUGGCCUCUGCAGAAUGGCACUCUGCACUUCUGUGGAUUUCAGGUUCUUGCUCCUCAGAUAUUCUGGAGUCCGGCUCAUUGUCCCCCCCCUGUGCGAACCACAUUGCUGGAAGGGUGGCGAACGCGACUGAAAGGACUGCUGGCGGAGAAGCCGUUGACCUUUGCUCCCUGUGAGCUGUUUGACCUCAGCUUCCAGGGGGGGUUCUCACUGUGGCCCAAAGUGAAGGAGGAACAAGAGUCGCAGCCCUACGGCAUCACCACGGGCCACCACCUGGGAAAACCACUGCCGCCCGACAACCAGACCACCGCUCAGCCCGCAGAUGAAAACGAAGCAAAAAACUUUUAAUUCACAUACACAUAUUGAGUCAUAUUAUGCUGAUUAUUGGCAGUGGUGGAGAGUAACAUUUACUUAAGCACUUAGUUUUUUGUGCUGAAGAUGAGUAUGUUCAUACUCAAGCUGACCACAUUUCCAUGAUCGAGCUUUUGGUACUUUUACUCAACUAAAAUUUUGAAUUCUA